AUGGAGAGCAGAAUAAUAACUGAUGGCCAGAUCAAAGCGUCAUCCGAGUACAACGCUGCACACGGCGCCACCAAUGGCAGACUCAAUUUCAAGCCUGGAGGAGGUAAGACCGGCGCAUGGUCCGCCCUUGAAAAUGACGUUCAUCAGUGGCUACAAGUGGAUCUUGAAGGCAAAACCGAAGUGACAGGAAUAAAGAUCCAGGGAAGACAAGAAGUCGAUCAAUGGGUUACGAGCUUUACUAUUUCCUACAGCAGCGACGGCACCACCUAUAUAUCUUAUCAGAACAGCAAGGUAUGGAAACCAAUGAAAAUUGUGGCAAGAGAAACUCAAGCAAUGAACUAAUCGAAUCUCUAAACGGUAAUAUGAAAGUGUCUCAAAACCUCAGACCCAUAUUAGCCUCCACAAGUCCCUUACUAGUGUAACCUUAACACUUCAUUUUCCCGCUGCAGGUCUUAAAUGGAAACACGGACCGCAACACCGUGGUUUUGAACGUUUUACACCCUUCCAUAAAUGCACGCUACAUACGGGUGCAUCCUAAGACGUGGCAAGGCCAUAUUUCUAUGAGGAUGGAACUCUUGGGAUGU